AUGUCUUCGUCGGUGGUGGAGGGCAAUGCAUCGGUACCGAAUCGAGGCCCGGCCGUCUUCGCCGUCACAACGGCCACAUUGGUUCUGGCCUCAGUGUUUGUCGGCGCCCGCAUGAUAUGCCGCUACUUUAUCGUUCGCAGAGUCAGCUGGGAUGACAGGGUUAUGAUGCUGGCCUGGCUCAUUGCCUUUGCCCUCUCAUUCUCCAUCUGCUACGGCGCGACGGUUGGGCUUGGCAAACAAGACGAUGACAUUAGCGACUCCGACUUGCCGAAACUGCGGCGGUUCGAAUACGUUUUUUCUAUAUUAUACAAUCCCGCGCUCAUGGCAACAAAAACGGCCAUUUUGAUCUUUUAUUUGCGCCUAGCCAAAAACACCCAGAUAGUCUUGCGCUACGCCUCCUGGGUAACCCUGGCGGUAGUCAAUAUCGCAGGCAUCGUUCUGACCUUUAUGAACAUAUUCCAAUGCAACCCAGUCGCCGCGGCGUGGAAAACCACGACCGACGGCCCAACGCAAUGCAUCCCGCUCCUGACCGAGUUCAUCUGCGCCGCACCAGUCAACAUCGUGACCGACCUGGCCAUCUUGGCUCUGCCGAUUCCUGUACUGACUGGUAUGCGACUGCCUUCACGGCAAAAGACUAUCCUGGUCAUCACCUUUACCCUUGGUAUCUUUGUUACCAUUGUUGAUGUCGUUCGCAUUUACUACCUCCAAAAGGCAAUCACAGAUGUUCCCACUGGUUUGACCAGUGAUCCCGACUCGCGAUUUGGUGGCCAGCAAGACUUUGCAUGGAAUGCAUCCUUGUCUUUCAUGUGGAGCGCAGUUGAGGUGAAUAUUGGCAUGACUUGUGCCUGCAUCCCCACGCUCAAGCCGCUCAUUCUCAAAUUACUGCCCGCCAUGUUGUACGACCCAGAGGGAACCCGGGUCUCUCGCACGACGAAAUCGAACAGCGACCACGAAUCACCACCUUCGCGAUAUGUUGGGAGUGCCGGGCGGGAGUCCAUGGCGACGCCAGAGUCGCCCACUGGCGGGAACCCGAGUGGCGCCAAAUCCGAUUCGAGCAACGAGAUUCCCAUGACGGCCAUGGAAUUCCUGACAACGCCCGACAUGAGGAACCUGAGCGAAAGCAUGCACCCAGAUCUUGCGGCCACACGCGCCCAGACCAACCUAACAACGUCCACCUCGUCCGUCGAGAAUGGCAUCUAUUUUGGUUUUGUGAACAUGACCAAGCCCAAGAGCAUGCUCCGUGCCAACGCCGCUGAAUCCUUCAAAUACUGCACGAUUGUGGCUAUUCUAUUUUUCCUAUGGGGCAUAUCGUAUGGCCUUCUCAAUACCCUCAACAACGCCAUUGCCGUGGUUAACCAAAUGUCCACCGCUCAGACGCUCGGUUUGACCAGCGCCUAUUUCGGGGUUGGAUAUUUCUUUGGGCCGUUACUUGUUGGGGAAUGGAUCCUGCGGAGAGAUGAGCACAACCGGUCCAAACGCCACGAAAAGAAUGAAGCCGAAAACGUGGGCGGCUACAAGGUCACUUUCAUUGUCGGACUGUGCAUUUACGGUAUUGGCACCAUUAUAUUUUGGCCAUCGGCAGUGACCAACUCGUUUGGGGGAUUCAUGCUGAGUAGCUUUGUGGUUGGCUUUGGACUCUCUGUGCUGGAAGUGGCGGCAAACUCGUUCAUGAUUCUCUGCGGACCGCCGGAAUAUGGCGAAACUCGACUCCUAUUAGCCCAAGCCGUGCAGGGCGUGGGCAGUGUCGUCAGUGGUCUCCUCGCCCAAAAGGUCUUCUUCACCGGAAUCAGCCAGGACAGCAUGAGUAGGUCAAACAGCAUGACGCUCAUCAACGUGCAGUGGACCUAUCUGGGCAUCACUCUGCUCUGCGUUGUGCUGGCCUUGUUUUUCUUUUACAUGCCCUUGCCCGAGGUCAGCGACAGCGAGCUCGAGUUUGCUGCCAACAAACUUCCCAUUGACACAACCAAGCGAAGCAUCUUGGGCUUCCAGCUGCGCACCGUCAGCCUCGUGCUGGCUGUAUUCGCCCAGUACAUGUACGUUGCCGGCCAAGAAAGCAACAGCAUAUAUUUCCGCAGCCUUCUUGUUUCCAUCCUCCCGAGCCCACCCGCCGGCACCGGCGCAGCGUCCGGCAUGACCAAGUCUAGCUCAACAUACGACCCGGACAAGCCACCAGGCAUAGCCAUUUCUAUCCCAGACUACCUGCUCGUCGGCCACACGGCAUUCGCGGUAUCCCGCUUCCUCGCGGGAUGCCUCACGUUCUUUUCCGUCUCUCAUCGUCGACUUCCCCAACCACGCACCGUCCUCACUAGUUGCAUCUUGCUGUGUUUUCUCUUCGCCUUGCUCCCCGUCGUGUUGCACCCGCCUAAUCCCGACCUUGUCGUCAUUCCGGUUAUACUAUUCUACUUUGCUGAAGGGCCCAUCUGGCCGCUUCUUUUUGCUAUUGGCCUGCGCGGCCAAGGGCGUCGGACGAAGCGAGCGGCAGCCUUUAUCACCAUGGGUGGCUCCGGCCCGGCCUUCUUCCCCUUCAUCAUGUAUGGCAUUAUCGAAAACGGCGGCAGCGUACAGACGGCGUAUAUUGUCGUUGUCGCACUGCAGGUUGCCAUGGUUUUGUACCCUGCAUUCUUGCAAUUCUCCCGCAGCGCAAGGCUCUUGGUCGACCCUAACCCGGAUGUCCGGGCGGCACUGCAGCAGGAUGGGGACGCAUUGCCAACCGAUCAAGUGGUGGAUAGCCAACAAGACCAGGAACCGAAUGGCCUUUUCGGAAGAUUUUCCCAGAAUCUCAAGCUUGGUGAAAGGAGGAAAUCGUCUCCACCAAAUGUUCAGCAUGAAGAAGGCGCUAUGUCGUUGGGCGCUAACCAGGUCACUUAA